CUCUUCGUUCCUUUCCCCGUUCCUCGCUUAACCCAUGGCUCAGUGAGGCGACAAGCAUGGGCAUCAUCCUUGCCAUCCUGGACGAGGUGGGUGCGGGCUCAAUAUGUCAUCCAAUGACACGACCAAACGUACCACCACACCUGUCUGCCUUACGUUAUGAUAUGUGCAGGUCCGUCAGGACCGGAGGGAGUCAAAAAGGUCAUUCAUUACCAGCGCACGGCCAGACGAAGCCACCAAGUGAGACAAGCGAGUCAGAGAAUGACAGACACGCACCAGACACCGCUGAAUGGCCUGGUGUGUUGCUUUUCCAUGCACAAAGGACGCUGGAGUUUAUGCGCAUCAGUGUGACACCUGACAUCAGCCACACACUCCACCGCUCGUGGAUACCGGGUGAAUGAGGAGGGCUCUACACACAUAUGUGUGUGAUUGUCCGACAUGCAUGCAGGUCGCUCCCGCGGGGAGCCAAUACAUGUGGCCGCAUAUCAUGCGAACCGGAAGCCCAUAAAUCGGUGGAGACUGUGGUAUGUGGAGGCGAUGUGGAAGGCACCGGACGAUCCGUACUGAGGUGUCUUCCUUUCUUUUCUGCAGGUACACCAUCAAGUACUCGGGGAGAGACAUCAACGAAAGGCAUGCAGCGCAUGCGCGUUGAAUGGAGGGAGGGAAGACGGUAUUUCCAUCUGUGUCUCACGCGGCAGGGACGUUGAUGGCAUGACACCUUUGUAUUUGGCGACGAUGAAUGGACAGCUGCCGGGCGUCCGCAUAUUGCUGUCUGCCGGGGCCAUAGUCAACCAAAGAACAGAUCACGGGUGGACGCCUCUCGCGUGUGCCGCAUUCCAGGUGCCAGAAUAGGCAUACACACAUACGUAUACAGAAGUUUAUAUGUACAGGGUUACCUGUACAUAUUGAGGUAUCUGCUGAGUGAGGGCAGCGACCCCAAUGCAUGCCACCCAGAGGAGAAAAUCACCCCAUUGAUGCUCAUUGCUGCAUCGUACUGACACGCACAGGAUGCAUGCACGUAUCGCUGACACGUGUACCGAUCCUUUCAUGUGUGCCAUCCCUUGUGUCAUGUGUGUCUAUGCAGGCCGCGCAUAUAUAACACCUUUCUGGUGGAACAGAGGCACCGAAGGGAACGCCGUAGAAUACUCCAGGCAUGUGCUUGUGUGCAAGUGUCCGUGUAUUGUGCGUAUACCCACCUGUCCAUUUGUGUGUGUGCAUGGCAGCAACAAUUCCACGAGCAGCAACAACUUCUCCAAGAGAUGCAGCAGUUCGUGUCUCAGCAACGAGGCGUGAGGGAGACACGUGCACCGAUGACAACACUGUAUGUAUGUAUGUAUGUAUGUAUGUGCCUAUCUACACAACAGGUCAGCCGUCCGUCAAGCCAGCAGCCCUCACAGUCGCCUUCCCGCUCGCCAUCACGUACGCACAGAAAGAAAGAAAGAAAGAAAGACAGGCCGACGGACUACAUACCACACACACACACACACACACAGAGAGAGAGAGAGAAAAGCACCUACGUGUGUCUGUGUGCAGGCCGUUUCUCCCUGAAGCCUCCGUCCGAGAAGCUCUGGACAGCGAAGUCCCUCAUGGAUCGCGCCAUGAGCUUAAUCAUGAAGAUGAAGAGUGGCAUCAGUUAGUGACAAAAAUUGGAAACUGACGUAUGCGUGCGUGGCUGUCACUCUGUGUCACCAGUCUCGCCUCCGAUGUCUCCCCAAUCGCUCAAGUCGCCCACACGGGGAGGUGAGGUCGGUCCGCCAAAAUAAACAGGAGGCACCUCCUUUAGUUGCGGGUGUGCAGGCGUCUUUUUCCGCCUGUCGACUGUGAAAACGCCAAGCGAGGCCGGCACUGUGCAGUCGAGUGAGUUUGUUCUGACUAGGAAUCAAAGACAAAGGUGUACGUCCACGAACGGAUGGAUGUCUUUAGGGGUGGGAAGCAUCACGUCUCCGUCGUCGGUGCGCAUGUCUAAGCGUCAGCUGCAACUCAAGGGACAGUUCAAGAAGGCCCCGCUGCAUAUCAGGUAUGUGGCCUGGGGACAUGAGUGUAACAUGUCCUUUAUGUAUGGAUGGUGGGCUUGUGUGUGUCAGGGAGCGUUAUGGACAGGAGGGUGAGGCCAAGUGGAUGGAGGCAGCACACGCGUGGAGACUCAACAAGGGUAAACAUGUCAUCACAUUCACGCAUCGAUGGAUGAAGGGUGGAAGACAGGUGCAUUGAUGUGAUUAAACCGAUCAGGCAGCUGGUCGAUUGUGAUGCUGGACGCCUUCUUCGAGUCCUGUAGGGGGAUGACAGACUCACGGGUACAAACGGCACCACGCCACAGCAGUGAGGAAGAAACUGCAUGGACCUUCACGCAGGCUGAAACUCGCCGCGGGUCCAUCACUGUCCGUGUCUCGGAGGCAAUCGCCAGCGUUUCGAAGGUGCAGACCAGCCAACUUCCACAUCCGGCCGUGAAUGAAUGCACGCGGCAUGGCAUGGCCUGACAUGUUUGCAGCGCUUCUUCAUGCGGCCGUCGAAGCGACCUGCCAUCGCUAUCAACCUGGAGCAAAAGGACAAAUACGGGAGAACUGCCCUCAUGUACGCAGGUGGGUAUGGAAAGGUGUGUAUACACACAUAUGGAUGCAUACGAAUGUGCAUUCACAGCCACGUACGGCCACGAGGAGACCGUGUCUCGCCUCAUUUACGAAGGGGCUGACCCACUCGCAACUACCAACAAAGGUCCUUUCAUUGAUGCAGAAACAUACGGGUAGACCCGUGAGUGAAUAGAUGUGUGUGCAGGCGAGUCUGCGCUUCACCUGGCUGUGCGUUUCAACCACCUGGACACGUGUGAGCUGCUUCUCAAGGCGGGUGUCGACGCGAACAUCACUGACAGCCUCCUGCAGGCAAACUGGCACGAGACAAACAUCCACAUAUGAAUGCAGACAUGCCUGGAACGGUGUGUGUGCGUGUUACAGACGCCUUUGCACCUGGCCAUCCAGUGCAACCACCACUUUGUGGCUGAGCUGCUGCUGUCCUUCCGUGCCCGAGUGGAGUUGUCGGACGCCAACGGCAAGAGCCCACUCUACCUGUGUCUUGACAAGCUCCCGCACACCAGCAAGUACAUAUCGUCACACACAUUCACGCCAUGCUAAUCUGCUAAUGUGUAUGUAUGGCACACACAGUCUGUUUUCCUUGUGCGUCAAGCACGCGGCCAACAUAUGCCAGGUGAGAGAGAAAGAGACAGUCUCAUUCGUCAUUGCAUGGGAUGUGUGUACACAGGUGGACCCGCGUGGCUGGAACCUGCUCAUCUACGCUAUCGAGAACAACGUGGUGCGCACAAACGCAUCGAGACAUCCACUUUGUCCCAAUGUCUCUCUGCUUCCCUCGUGUCUGUGCAGGGCGAUUACAUUCUUCCGAUCGUGGAGCGCAUGGCUGAGGUGGAAAAGGCGGACAUGAUCAACUUCAGGGUAGACUCAAUGGCUUUUGUCCGCAUGCGCAUACGCACGUAUCUGUGUCUGUCUGCCAUCAGGAUCCGCUGCAGCGCACGCCGCUGCACCACGCGUGUGCCAAGGGAGACGUGGCAAGCGUCAAGAAACUCAUCGACUUGGAGGCCGAUGUCUUCGCAAAAGUAAGUACCCACAGAAUGUACACGCACGCCAAGGUGCGUGACCUUGGUACAUUGUGCGCGCUCCGUUGUUCCAUCAGGACCAUCUUGGCUACACAGCUCUUCACCUGUCGUGCGAAGAGGGCAAUUUGUCGGUGGUACACAUCAUGAUCGACUCCACACCCGAGUGAGUGAGAAACCGAGACACACACAUGCACAUCGUAUAUGUAUCCGCAGCAUUGACGAGCCGAAUAAAUUCGGCGAGACCCCGAUACACUUGGCAGCACACAACGGACACAUUGUACGUCCGCGUACGAAUACGUACGGGCACUCACACACGUGUCACUGUGUGCACAGGCGGCGAUGCUCGCACUUCUCGACCCGGAGUUGGCCAUCGUGCCCGCUGACACAACCAUUGUACACAACAACACACAGAAAUGCACCUUCACACGCACUCGCGCAUCGAUGUGUGUGAAUGUGUGUCCAGACAGACGCAUCCGGCCGGACGCUGCUGAUGAAGGCAUGUAUGUCGGGCCACAUCGACCUGGUCCACCUGCUCCUCAAGACCAGACAAGCCGACAGAUCGCCGGCAGACAUGGCCGCGUUCGACAUACCGCCACAGAGCGUGAGUAUACGCCUACAACCAGGAAGGCAUGGACGGACGAAUUAAAGGGCAAAUUCAUGCUCGACUGUGUGUCUCGUAUGCAGGUGAAUGCUGUGGACAACCACGGCUUCACCGCUCUGAUGCUGGCGUGCCGUGAAGGCCACUGGCAGAUCAUACCAGCACUCGUACUGGAGGCCGCCAGCGUCUCUGGUCAACAAAUCAACCCAACGGAGGGAAGGGUAUGCAUCGCCUGUAUGUCUCUCUGAAUAUGAACAGCCAAGGACCGCGACGGGUGGACUGCAUUGCACUGGGCGGCACACGAGGGGGAGGCACGUGUCGUCGCGUCACUAAUCGAGGUGAGGAAACUGGCAUAUGCAGUCUUGUGCAUAUGCAUGAUGUGACGGGUCCGUCAGGUGGGAGCAGGAGUUGACACACAGGAGAAUGCAGGAUGGACCCCGCUGAUGCUGGCAUCGGCAUCCGGCCACGAGGAGGCGUCCAGCGUGCUCAUCGACCACGGUGCAUCAAUACGUAGAGAGAAGAAAGAUCUCAUGCACAUCUCCAUCUGUGUGGUGCAGGUGCUGAUCCGUACAGGCGCAACAUGAACGACGACACGGCUUACACCAUCACCAGGAGGAACGGACACACCGCCAUCGUCCAGGUACCUACAAACUUGGCUGGCUGCCCCUCUGCUUGCCUGCCUGCAUCUCCGUGCCAACACGACGCACAGGAGCUGGUCGAUGCCAUGCGCGUCCGCCCCGAGCGCUUGGUCGCCGCAAAGGACCAAGAAAGACCCGAAGAAGAGGUGAGCCGCCCCAUGAGACGAGACACUCAGCCACGAGCAUGUGUGCCUUUUUUUGUGUGUGCGGAUAGGAGGAGGAGGAGCCCCUUGAGGAUGAGGGAGAGGCUCUGCCCGAGGCGUUCCGGCUGUGGAAGGACAUCGACAAACGGAAGAGACGGACAGGUAGAAUCGUCAAGACAGAGGUCAGUGAGCUGCUCAGCGGGCAGAAGGGAGGCAGGCAGGGAAAGAGACAUGCACACAUUUUCGUCAUCCCGUAUGCUUCUGUCCACCAUGCAGGGCGUGCUGUACGUCAGUCUGUUGUCGGCGCAGAAUCUCUAUCUCGAGGGCAUCGGCAAAGUGAGUGAUCCGAUGGCAACCAUGUGUGCGCACCCAUCCACGUGUGAUUGUGUGUCAGCUUCAUCCAUACGCCUUCACAUCCUUUUCCAACCAGCACAAUGCCCCCAAUGUCGGCUUCUUCUCGCCCGCAUGCCCCAGCACAUCAACACCGGUACACAGCUACACAUGCGGAUUCUUGUCCGCUCAGUAACAUCAACACCGGCCAUGAAGGUGCACACACACACACUGACUAUGUGUUUCCGUCCGCGCAGGUGUACUUCCACACGAUGCGGUUCGCCUUCACCGAUCUGGACGAGGACGCCUGUCUGGCCAUACAGCUCCUCUCGGCACCCUUCCCCGCUGAACCAGAGGUACAAGCACCCACACAAAUUCUUCCUUGACAACACCAACGACAUUGCAUGUCAUCAGGGAAAGCACGCGGAUGCUGCUUACGCCAAGCCAAUCACCUCCAGGACGGAUCUCGCGCGCAAGUCGGACCAGUCCUCCCGUGCAACGUCCAAGGCGGAGAGUCUCAUGCAGGCGGACGACGAUCUCGUCAACCCCUUCCAGCGCCAGGUUGACGGCAAGAAGAACGCCGUCAACCUGGCGGGCGAGUGGAGCGGCGCGUCGGUCAGGAGGACAGAAACAUUCGAGGGAACCAAGGCCAGGCAACGAGUCCGCGUGGAGAUUCCACAGGUGCCCACGCAGACACACAAAGCUUCCAUGCACGGCAACACGCAGUCCAUCCUUACAGUCAGCGUUGCUGCCCCGCGGCCCGGCAGUCGAGGUGAUCGCUCGGGGAGACGCGGCCACCCAAAAGAAGGGCAGAGACGCAAAAUCCAAGGCCGGCAUCCAGACGCGAGACAGCUUUCGCAGCGAGGUAGGCAGCAAGCAGCCGUGAAUGUCUAUCUUGUGUACAUGCCAUUUGGCUGGCAGGGAUAUGAUGAGGACCAGGAGGGAGGCGAAGGCGAGGGCGAUGCUGACGACAAGCGAGCAUCGAUAUGGAGCUUGGGGGAGCUCGCCAUGCGGUCAGCACAUGAACGUGUCCACAAUACGAUGAAGUGUGUCUCUGCCUGUGUGCCUGCCUGCCUGCCUGGCUCAGUGCGCUGCGCCAGAAGGAGGAGGACCAGAAGGCCAAGGAGACUGCGGAGGAGGCUGAAGAGGCAAAAGACCCCAGGGAGUGGGUGAGCAGGAAUCUCAACACCGCCAGACGCAGACACAUACGGAGGGAUGGCAACAAAUGGGAUGUCUUGCUCGGCAGGACUUGAGCAAGGUGCGGACGAAAAUCGACCCGAAAGAGUUCAGGCGACUCGAGAGGUCGGUGCCCAAGAGACACGUCAGACCGAUGGGUCUGACAGCCAUUCCUUCCGUCUCUCACUCAGGUGGAAGGAUUACAACAACCGGCUGUCCUCUACCAUGGCCCGCGGCGUCCCGCCGCCUCCCGUGCCCUACACACACCUGCCCAUCGGCUUUGCCGUCGUGCGCCUGGACGUGCUGAAGCAGUGUGUGGAGAGCCAGCGCGCCAUCAGGCUGGACAAGCACCUCAAGGGAACACCGAGGGGAUCCGUCAGAUUCGAAAUGCACUUUCGCCCGAGGCUGGUGCGUUAUCCGCGUCCGACUGAGGCGCUUCAGCUUGAUAAGGAGGCGCUGAUCGAGGGCAGGGAGGCGGCUGUCCCAUCAUCCCAGGACAUGAGUGUCGUCCAUUCCAUCAUGCGAGUCAACACUCCUAGGUACUGACUGACUCAGAGUGGCGGAAAUGCGUAUGUAUAUGUCAAUAUUUGUACGUCGCCAGAGCUCAUGAGUUGGCCAACGAGGUGACGAGCGAGGCGUAUCUGCCUGAGGUCUUCGACUGGAGAGAGGAGAGGGUGGUCUACAAGGAAACGGCCAAGCGACGGUGAUGCGAAAUGGCAGCACAUUCGUCGAGAGACAUGUACAUUGACAACACGGAUGGGUUGGAUGCUUACUUUGUUAGAGCUGAUGUCGAGCCCCCCCUUGAGGCCACUUCGCUGCCAUCCCCGAGCGAGGCCUCUCUUGCUCCGUCAGCGAUGCCGUCAGCCCGAUCAAAGGUCCGGGGCCCACCGUGCCAAGCCGAUGCACCAUACGAUGAACUGAUGAAUGGAUGGACCUGGGUCUGUGUCUUCCGCCUGCAACGAUCUAAUGGUCGGUCAUCAGACCCCGACUGCCUACACGGAGACAGCCGCAGCAGCACCCUCGGAGAAGGGGUCGCUCUCGCUCAAAUCUGCCAUGAGGAUCAAGACUCCCGCGAUAAGAAGGAGACAGGCGGGUAUGUAUUUGCUUCAUGCACACGCCCGUACAUACAUGCACACGUGAUGUUUGCUGUUGUCCUGUCAGCCGCGCCAAAGCGCAAGAUGAGAUCCCUCAAGUGGGUCGAUGGGACUCGAGGGGAGCAGCUGACGUCGAGGAGCGUCAUCGAACGGGCGAGGGAAUGGAAGGAUGAGGAACAAGAGACGCGGGAAGGUUGGCAGAGACGCAUACACGGGUGUCGGCAGGGAAUGUGGCUGUCUCGUGUCAGCAACAGCCAUGCCGCCGUCGCCGAAGCCCUCUGAAACGGCAGCCGUCCUGCGUCACGCUCUGGCAACGACGGACACAAGGAAGAAGGAGGGAGUGUUGGUUGGCAAAGAGCUAGACCUCUUUCUAAGGUGCGUGUGCAUCAUCCGUAGAUGCAUAUCUGGACGUACAAGGAGACUUGGAUUGCAGGUCAAAAGACCGGCCCAAGUCCACGAUUAUGAAGAGGAAAGAGGUUACGGUGCGCGUCUCGAUGGAGGCGGAUGGAGACAGGAGGCAAGAGGGAGAGCGGAAUGUGUAAUGGGCGACUUAACGUUUAAAGCGGUUUCCGUCGCUGAGCAUGAUGAUUCGUCUUUCGAAAUCAUUGUCGUCUUAUCAGCCUUAUGAGCAUCGUCUCAUGCGUUGCGUUGUUGAGUGUUUCAAUCAUCUCUAUGCAGGGGGAUAACACAGGUGCCUUGCUGAUCAAUCCCCCUGCAUAGAUUUGCACACAAGAGACACUCGAGACAUAACAGCACGGACAGCAACGAAGAGGAG